ACAAUCGACGCUUCUUUUUCUUAUCCGACCUACUUCCUUCCCUUGUGCGCUCUUCCAUCGUCAUCUCUUCGUUUGUUUCUCAUUUUCCCCGGGCCCUUGUUUCGAUCCUGCCUCGAGCAACUUCGAACAACCCCACUGACAUUCCUUUGGAACCCUUUGCUGAACAAAUAUUCCCACGCCAACUUCUUGUGCAACCCGUCAUCACUCGACCCUCGACGACGUCAACCAGACACUUAUUUCCUUACACAACCACACACACACGAACCCAACGCAAAAUCACCCACUGUCGACCGUGUCUCAGUCCUUCCCUCGACACUACCGACUACCUGUCAUCUAGCAUAAACAUAUUGUACAUUGUGUACCAUCACCACACCCGACCGAUCUAAUCUAAACUUGAUCUGAACCAUAUCGUUGAAUGUCACGAUUGGCAUAACACGGCAGAAGAAGAAAGAGCAAUACCGGUGUCAGGUAAGCACAAUGGAGGGUCGAUGGAUCGUCAGACACUGAACUGCUCCUCAGCCAAAAAAAAACCCCCAAC